CGCAGCGGCGCGGGAGCGCGGACGUGGGCGCGCAGCCAUGUCGCCGCGGCGGGCGGCCGAGCUGUACCGCGCGCCCUUCCCGCUGUACACCGUGCGCCUGCACCCGCGCCGCCCCAUCGCCAUCACCGCCGGCGGCGGCGGCGCCGCCAAGACCGGCAUCCGCAAUGGCGUGCACUUCCUGCAGCUGGAGCAGGUCGGGGGGCAGCUCAGCGCCUCGCUGCUGCACUCGCACGACACCGAGACCCGCGCCACCAUGACCAUGGCGCUGGCGGACGACUUCAUCGCGGCGGGGCAGGACGCCGACUGCCACAUCCUGCGCUUCAGCCUGCAGCCGCCCCCGGGGCGCGGCACGGCCGGACGGGAAGCCAGCGGGGAGAAGGGGCCACGGAAGCGGAAGGGCCCCAGCCCGGCAGCGCAGGGCGACACGCAGAACCAGACGAGCGAGGUGACCGUGGAGAGCGUGCGCAGCGUCCGCACGGAUUUCAGCCCCGACGCCCUGCAGAAGGCCGUGCGCUUCAACGCUGACUGCUCCCUGCUCGUCACCGGUGGAGCCGAUGGCUUCCUCCGCCUCUGGGAGUUCCCCAGCAUGAAGAAGACGCUGGAGUUCAAAGCCCACGACGGGGAGAUCGAGGAUAUCGCGCUGGGCCCUGACAACAAGGUGGUGACGGCGGGACGGGACUUCCAGUGCUGCGUGUGGCAGCGGGACCAGCUGGUGACGGGGCUGUGCUGGAACGAGAACCUGCCUGGUAUCCCUGACAAGGCGUACCGCUACCAGGCCUGCCGGUUCGGGGCGGUGGAGGACAACGCCGGGGCGCUGCGGCUCUACACGGUGCAGGUGCCCCACAAGCGGGAGCGCCGCCCCCCGCCCUGCUACCUGACCAAGUGGGACGGGAGGAGCUUCCUGCCGCUGCUCACGCGGCCCUGCGGCAGCGAGGUGGUGUCCUGCCUCUCCGUCAGCGACUCGGGCACGUUCCUGGGGCUGGGCACCGUCACGGGCUCUGUGGCCAUCCACAUCGCCUUCUCGCUGCAGAGGCUCUACUACGUGAAGGAGGCGCACGGCAUCGUCGUCACCGAUGUCGCCUUCGUGCCCGAGAGCCAGCGUGGGCGGGAGCUGCUGGCAGGAAACGAGGCCGCCCUGCUCAGCGUGGCUGUCGACAGCCGCUGCAAGCUGCACCUGCUCCCCGGGCGACGCUCCCUCCCCGUCUGGCUGCUGCUGCUGCUCUGUGCCGGGCUCAUCGUGGCCACCACGCUGCUGCAGCUUGCCUUCCCCGGCUUCCUCUAGGCCCCGGGGCCAGGACUGAGCCCUCGCGGCACCCCCCGGACUGCGGAGCAGAUGAGGGACCUGGACCAGGACCCAGCCGCGCUGCUGGCGCUGGGCACCGGCCGGGGGGGAGCGUGCUGGGCUGCAGCGCGGCGCAGGGCCGGCCCCGGGGCGCAGCGUGCCGCCGGCUGGGCUGGGUCCAGCCCUCUGCCCCACUGCCGCCAUUAAACCCGGAGCGUGAAGGCA